AUGGACCACUCCCACAUGGAUCACGGCGACUCUGGCCAUGGCGGCAUGGACCACGGGCACGGCGGAAUGGACCACGGCGACAUGGGCGGCGCCCAGCACCAGCUAACCCGUGCCGCUCUUCAGAUGCUCUUCACCUGGGACACCAACAACCUCUGCAUCGUCUUCCGUCAAUGGCGCAUCGACUCGACCUUCUCCCUCGUCCUGUCACUCCUCCUUGUCGUCGCUCUGACCGCCGGCUACGAGGCCCUCCGCGCCGCCUCCCGCCGCUACGAGACGGCCGUCAACAAGCGUGUCGCGAACCUCCCCAGAUCGCAGCAGGUUGAGGCGAGCAAGACCGCGCACGUCGUCAAGGCCGUGCUCUACGCGCUGCAGAACUUUUACGCCUUUAUGAUCAUGUUGAUCUUCAUGACGUACAACGGCUGGGUCAUGGUUGCUGUGGCGCUUGGCGCGUUCGUGGGCUACCUUCUCUUCGGCAACUCGACGUCCUCUACCAAGGACAACGCCUGCCAUUAA